AUGGAACGCACAGGCCAACAUUUCACCCUGGGGAACCACACUACACUGGUGGAAUUCAUCCUCAUUGGCUUUUCUGAUGUCCCCAACCUUCAAGGAUUUCUGUUUGCUAUCUUUCUGAUAAUCUACAUUGUAAUUCUUACAGGAAAUAGUCUCAUUAUCAUGAUAACUAAUAUCGAUCCCUCACUCCAGAUCCCCAUGUAUUAUUUUCUUAGGAACUUUUCUUUUUUGGAAAUAUGUUAUGUGUCUGUCACUGUGCCCAGAUUAUUGGCAGAUCUUUGUAGACAAAAUAGAAGUAUUUCUUUUCUGGCCUGUGCUUUUCAAAUGUACUUUUUUGUGACCUUGGGAGCCACUGAGUGUUUUAUUCUCACUGCCAUGGCUUAUGACAGGUAUGUGGCCAUCUGUAACCCAUUACUCUACCCUGUCAUCAUGAACCAUAGACUGUGUAUGCAGUUGGCAGCUGCCUGUUGGAUCACUGGGAUUCUGGUCCCCAUCGGACUCAUCUACAAGAUUUUCUCUUCACACUUCUGUAAAUCUAAUGAGUUGAAUCACUUUUUCUGUGAUGUACCCCCAGUUGUCCAGCCUGUUUGUGGGGACACAUUCAUGAUUGAGAUGCUGAUUUAUGUGAUUGCCACCAUAGUUGUUGCUGUGCCAUUUGUGCUGAUACUUGCAUCUUAUGGGAAAAUAAUCUCCACCAUCCUGAAGCUGCCAUCAGCCACUGGAAGAGCCAAGGCCUUCUCCACUUGCUCUUCCCAUCUCAUGGUUGUGUCUUUAUUCUUUGGAUCAGCAAAUAUUGUGUAUAUGGAGCCUAAGUCUACUCACUCAACAGGAGUGGACAAAUACUUUUCCCUUUUUUAUACCAUCUUGAUACCAAUGUUUAAUCCUAUAAUAUAUUGUCUGAGAAACAAGGAUGUUAUGGUGGCCUUGGGAAAGUUCCUGCAGUUUAUUCAAGGCAGCACUAAGAAGCAGAUUGUGCCUUGA